UUGGUAGGAUAUCCUCAUGUAACGACAUCAUGUGGUCGAUUUGAGGGUAUGGGUGAGUAUACUCCUCAUACUGUUUCAGGAGGUGAACCAGCAGCGAUGGUAGUUGUUGAUGUGUGCGUUAGACUUCUUCCUGGUGUGGUAAAUAAUUCCGGUAGUAUU